AAAACGUUUGGGGGGGGGUCCUAUAGAGUCAUAAACGACAGCUCUGCAGCACUUAGAGGAGUACUCUCGCGGUUCCACUUUACUUAAGCAUACCCGCCAUUUGUUAUUUGUAUAUACUCCUUGGCUCGGCACUUGCAGACUUGAAUACCUGCUAUGUAGGUCCCCCUUAACAUUUCACUGAUUAACCGAAUUGUCAUAGUCCUGUCCUUUGGCCUCGGUGCUUGGAUAUGUGUUAUUCUUGAAUUGCUAUUCAAACAUGUUCCGCUUAAGAUGAAACUUGUGACGAUCGGCUGAUUGGUGUCUAGGUCAUAAUUUUGUCACGACAACACCCUCUUCAUGUUGCUUGGUCUGUGAAAGGUUAAGGAGAUAAGCUUCUGUCACAUCCAUAAGGAACGACACAGGCCUCGGCACGAGCUGCCCUUGGCAGGACAAGAUCCUUGUAGACUUUCCUGUCGCGCAUUUGCAGACGCAGGAAGAGUGGCGUAUCUUCUAAGACAUGUAUAAAAACGACCCAGAUCAGCCUCAGGCUUUAGCAAUUCAGGUCGAGCAGGAAGCCGGGACCGAAGUUACGAUUGCAAAGCCGGCGAUGGAUCAGCCCGGGCGGGACCCUGGAACAGAGUUAACUGGCCAAUCACAGCCGACAGUAGGGGAGGAAGAAUCUCCUAUCAAAUCUUGUUGGGAUUUCGGGCUCUCCGGGUGCUUUAAAUUUGAUAAAAGAGAGAGAACGAGCUGGAUAUUCAAUUGUCAAGGCAGAGGUAAUCGAAAACGGCUGUUUCUGGGUGACACUGAAUGUUUUGCUUCACGUCUUGGUAGGGAUUCCAGCUCUUCUCUUUUACAUCUUGGGUUACACCGCUUUGUUCAUAGUGGCUCUACUAACGCCUGCAUUUGGCUGUAUGCCUUGGUCUAGCUUAUACGAAGGUGAUGACGUGGAAUGGUCCAGCGAAUGCCGGGCACCGUGUUAUUAUCAUUGUAAUCAUGUGUAACGAAGUAUACAAGAGAACACGUUGUUAUUAUCAUUGUAACGAUGUGUAACGAAGUAUACAAGAGAACACCGUGUUAUUAUCAUUGUAACGAUGUGUAACGAAGUAUACAAGAGAACACGUUGUUAUUAUCAUUGUAACGAUGUGUAACGAAUAACGCAAGACGCCGACCAAAGAUCUACGAUGUUUCGACAGGAAAUGUAACCCGAGGCCCCAAACGCUAUUGCGCUCACACUAUUUAUACACUUUAUAUACACCUAUUUCAAUAAAGGUUGUCAGCGCAAAUGGAAAAUGGCAGUUUUCUGACCGAAAGUAACCAUGCGUCUCGAAGAAUAUGGAUAAAUCAAAACAACUAUCCAUAAAAGGUUACCAAUGCUUGGCUCUGACAUUGCUGGACUUUAUUUAACACCUUUAAUUUUACGAAUAAUUAUUACCCAUAAGCCAUUUACCAUUUGUCAUUCGCUAUUUGCACUGACAACCUUUUGUGAAAUAGGUGUAUACUGUAUACUGCAAAACACACAAUCCGUAGCGAGCUUCAAAAUUGCUUUACUAACAUUCUAUCGGCAAAAUUGAAAUAAAGGAAGACACAAACACGAUA